UCGUGUACUUCCGCGUACAAUCCCCCGCUCCCCCCGACAUCACUCCGCGUACUUCACUUUACUGACACACGACAACUUUCCAACAGGAAACCUUACUUUGACGAUACCGCCUGACGUUUUUCUCCCUUUUUGCUGCUGGGUGUUUUUGGAGCCCAGUGCUCGGACCCAGCCAUGAGCAUCAUCGGGGCUGAGGACGAGGACUUUGAGAACGAUCUGAAUGACGUGGUGGAGGACGAGUGCAAGUGUUUCGGCAGCAUCGAGCUUCUGAAAGAUCGUCCAACGCACCUGCUGGUGUUCAUGCAACAUGUCAUCCUCCAGUUUGACCCUGCUCCACUGCUGUGUUACCUCCAUGCUGACCUACUGAAGAACCUCAAUGCCAAAGAAACCAAGAAACAGUUUGUGGAGUUCCACAACACAUUCAUGGACAAAGGGGCGAUCCUCAAAGUUUCAGUGCCGUCUUCCAUAGCCAAUGAACUGGAUCGGACCCGCCCGGAUAUGCUGUCCGAUGACUUCCAAAGACGUUUUGCCCUCGAGGUCCAGUUCAUUCAGGCCGUGGAAGUGGCCAAGCAGCUGGAAGACUUCAGGCAGAAGAGGAUGAUGGGAAUGACGCCCAACGAGGCCGAGCUAAUCGAUGUGGAGAGCCAUUAUCCCACGGACCGCAUCCCCAUGGAGAUGAAGGAGAAGUCUGUGGCCGAGAACCUGCUUGACAAGAUGUCUGAGACACAACCCACGAUCGUCUCGGAUGAGGAGAAAUGCCAAUCCAUCUUCUCGGCGGUGGCCUACUACAUGAAACACCUCGGGGUGAAAACCAGAGCAGUGGACAGUAAAAAGUCCAGAGGAGGCUUCUUCCGCAGACAGCUGGUCAAGAGUAAGAAGGAUGAGUCCACCAAGACCAAGCCCAGGGGGGGCUUUCCAGGCAUCCCCAGCUGGAUCGCAGGCAACCCUGAGGUCAAACCUAAAAUGGAAGCUGAAGCGGACAAGGAGAAAGGCAGUCAGGAGCGUAAGGGUCCCACGCCCUCCCGAGGAUCCUUCGUCGACCCCGUGGCGCCCUCCCUCCCCAGCAGGAAGACGGGAUCCAGCGGAGGCUCCACCCCACUGCCGGCGUUAGAAAUCACGGACGGCUCCGGCGGCAACGCCAGCAUCAGCAACAGCCCUGAGUCUUUGCACCCUGAUGGUCUUUCUAGCAACCGUUUAGAGCCGCCGGCCUUUUCCGACCGGGGAGACGCGUCCCCCGUCGGUAUCGGAGGCUCGCUGGCCGCCGGGGAGCCUUUCUCGACCGGCGACGGCCUCACAGAGGAGACUUUGGAGAAGGACAGCAAUGAAGGAGCCAUUCAACUCCAGGAGGGCUCCGCCUCCUCGCCCGCCAGCCCCGCCCCUCAGCCGGAGGAGAUGGAGCCACGCCUCCUGGAGUUUGAGCAAGACCCGCCCAACUGGAGGGAGCUGGCCUCCCCGGAAGCUCUGUCCAGCCUCAGCAAGAAGGAGACCAAGAGGCAAGAGGUCAUCAACGAGUUGUUUGCCACCGAGCACGCCCACGUGCGCAUGCUGAGUGUCCUUCAGAUGAUCUUCUCGAGGCCCCUGGAGAGAGAGGAGCUGCUGAGCGCCACAGAGCUGGCUGCCAUCUUCCCCAACCUGGACGAGAUCAUCGAAAUGCACUAUAACUUCUACGAGAGCCUGAAGAAACUGCGUCUGGAGGACAACUUUGUCGUCAAGUCCAUCAGCACCACAGUCCUCAACAGAUUCGAGGGCACGGAAGGCGAAUGGUUCCAGAAACUGACGGCCCGCUUCUGCAGUCACCAGUCGUGGGCCCUAGACCAGAUCAAGAGCCGGCAGAAGAAAGAACCUCGCUUCAACUCGUUCAUACAGGAGGCGGAGAGCAAGCCUCAGUGUCGGAGGCUGCAGCUGAAGGACAUUAUUCCCUUUGAGAUGCAGAGGCUCACCAAGUAUCCUCUGCUGCUGGAGAACAUCGCAAAGAACACUGAGGAUCUGAAUGAGAAGGAGCGGGUCCAUCAGAGUGCCGAGUGCUGCAGAAAGAUCCUCAACCAUGUCAAUGACGAGGUCAAAGAUAUGGAGAACCUUCUGAUACUAAAGGAAUACCAGCGUAAACUGGACACAUCGGGACUAAAGCCCAGUAAUGAUCUUUAUACAGAAUACAAGAACAUCGACCUGACACAGAAGAAAAUGCUGUUUGAAGGUCCUCUGACUUGGAAGGUCACCAAGGAGAAGGCUUUCGAGGUCCAUUGUGUCCUGCUGGGAGACCUGCUGGUGCUCCUGCAGAAGCAGGACGACAAGAUGGUCCUGAAGUGUCAGAGCAAAAGCACCAUCGCCAUCCAGGAGGGCAAGCAGAUGCUGAGCCCCAUCAUAAAACUGGACUCGGUUUUCCUACGCGAGGUGGCCACAGAUCGAAAGGCCUUUUACGUGAUCUUCACCUGGGACAGCGGCGCUCAGAUCUAUGAGCUGGUUGCUCAGUCCUUUGGCGAGAGGAAAUUGUGGACUAAUGUGAUCAAGUCGGCCGUGGAUGAUCUGAAGAAGAGCGUGACGCCCAUGAGGCCGACGCUGCCCCCUGGAGGCGGAGGAGCUUCGUUCAGUCACCCAGGGCUGACGGCCCCCCCGAGCCCCACGGAGAACGGCGGUUUGAAAAGUAGCGGCGAUCGAGACAAGGACAGCUUGACGGAUGACAAAUCAUCCGAUCCAAGGCACUCGCUGAUCGACUUCCUGUCGGACAAAGGCUUCGACUUACUGGGCCACUCCAACAGCGAUCACGAGAAGGUGGCCGCCAACGCUUUGGGUGAAGUCACGAUGCUGAAAAGGCUGCUGGUUGGAAGCAUCAGUCUGUCGGACCCGGAGGAGGAGAACGGAGAUGAGCCCAGUCUCGAAAUGUAUAGCUGUCAAUCAACAGAAGAAGGUCAGGCCUCAGAGCGAGGCCUGGAGGAGGAGAAGGAAGGCGGAGGAGCGAAAAAGGACGAAGACGGCCUCCCUGCAGAGAGCGCCCGGCUGGUUCUGUCCCACGAGAGGUUGGCGGAAGUGUGCCGAAGUCUCCUCAGUCUGGAGGCGCAAAUAAAGAGACUCCAGACGGUAGAAGAAGAUCACCACAGGCUGCAAGAGGCCCUGUCCAAGUUCUCCCUGGAGGGCGGUAACUUUGCCUGAGACGCCACCACCACGUCCCCUGCUGGCCACUAGACUUCUGCCCGUGCUGGUUUGGAGUGCUUUCAAGGAACUUCCUCAAGCUCUGCCUUCAAAAGAAAACGCUGUCGAGGAAAAUCGUUUUUUUUGCGGCCAGUGCAGUGCUUCACUGAUAGAACGUGGGAUGUGGGUGCGUGCGUGCGUGCGUGCGUGCGGGUGUGUGUGUGGUGCGUGCGUGCGUGCGUGCGUGCGUGCGUGCGUGGGUGUGUGUGUGUGUGUGCGUACGCUUGAUAGAGGAUUACAAAGAAGACGAAGAAAAAGCGACCGUGAUGUUGUUUUUCUUUCCCGGGUGCCAAAAACAAGCAAUACUCUGCGAGACAUGCUGCCUUCAUAAGAUGUAGUUAUUUGCUGUAACACGCGUAUGCACAACCUUGUUGUCAAACGCAACACAACCAGGUUGCCUUCGCAAAGCCUCCCUGCUGUUAUUUCUAUGCCAAAAUGCAACAGAACACUUUUGCCGUGGUGCAAAACACACUUUUAGGCAAUCCCUCAGUAGUUUUUCAAGGCGACACGUGCAUAGGUGUGUUACUUUUUUCUUUUUUUUAUUGUAAUAAGGAAGUCACUAGGAAAAACAUUUAUAAAUAGUCGCAGGAAAAACCUGUUAAUAUUGGAGACUUGCUGUUUGUAUUUACUGUUAUUUAUUCCUUUUUUGGGGUGCAGUGGCCUCCUGGAGCACUGGGCCUCCUCGCCGAGAGACGAAGGCUAAAAUAGGAGGUGAAGCAGGCGGGCAGCAGCGGCCACGCACGUAGCGAGUCGGUGAGAUUUAGAGUGUAGGAAUAAAUGUGAGCGUACGGUAGGUAGUUAACAUACAGUAGAUAGUUACAGUAACUAAUGAUUCACUGGAGGGGCUCAGUGCUGCCAUUGGCUUAAAGGUGGGCGCGGAAAGACUGCUUUAUUUUUACCCCGCAGUCGCGUGUGUGACAAUAUAAUCUCUUCAAGCGAGGCCGAGCUUGCAUGCAGGACCAAAACGUGCAGUUAAUUAAAGGCCUACUGAAAUGAGAUGUUCUUAUUUAAAAGGGGAUAGCGUACUUGAUCAUUUCGCGAUAUUGCCAUAUUUUUGCUGAAAGGAUUUAGAAGACAACAUCGACGAUAAAGUUGGCAACUUUUGGUUGCUAAUAAAAAAGCCUUGCCUGUACAGGAAGUAGCAGACGAUGUGCGCGUGACGUCACGGGUUGUGGAGCUUCUCACAUCUGAACAAUGUUUAUAAUCAUGGCCACCCGCAGUAACAGCAAUUCGGACCGAUGAAGCGACGAUUUCCCAAUUAAUUUGAAAGACGAUGAAAGAUUUGUGAAUGAGGAAAGUUAGAGUGAAGCACUAAAAAAAACAAAAGGCGACGGCGCCAGGUGGCGGCAGUGGUAGAGUUUCAGAUGUAAUUAGACACAUUUACUUGGAUAAUUCUGGAAAAUCCCUUAUCAACUUAUUGUGUUAAUAGUAUUUUAGUGAGAUUAUCUGUGUUGGCCCUGCGGUGAGGUGGCGACUUGUCCAGGGUGUACCCCGCAGUCGCGUGUGUGACAAUAUAAUCUCUUCAACCGAGGCCGAGCUUGCAUGCAGGACCAAAACAGGCAGUUAAUUAAAGGCCUACUGAAAUGAGAUGUUCUUAUUUAAACGGGGAUAGCAGGUCCAUUCUAUGUGUCAUACUUGAUCAUUUCGCCAUAUUGCCAUAUUUUUGCUUAAAAGAUUUAGUAGAGAACAUCGGCGAUUAAGUUGGCAACUUUUGGUCGCUAAUAAAAAAGCCUUGCCUGUACCGGAAGUAGCAGACGAUGUGCGCGUGACAUCACGGGUUGUGGAGCUCCUCACAUCUGAAUAUUGUUUACAAUUAUGGCCACCAGCAGCGAGAGCGAUUCGGACCGAGAAAGCGACGAUUUUCCCAUUAAUUUGAAGGAGGAUGAAAGAUUCGUGGAUGAGGAAAGUUAGAGUGAAGCACUAAAAAAGAAAAGAAAAGGCGACGGCGCCAGGUGGCGGCAGUGGUAGAGAUUCAGAUGUAAUUAGACACAUUUACUUGGAUAAUUCUGGAAAAUCCCUUAUCAACUUAUUGUGUUAAUAGUAUUUUAGUGAGAUUAUCUGUGUUGGCCCUGCGGUGAGGUGGCGACUUGUCCAGGGUGUACCCCACAGUCGCGUGUGUGACAAUAUAAUCUCUUCAACUGAGGCCGAGCUUGCAUGCAGGACCAAAACGUGUAGUUAAUUAAAGGCCUACUGAAUAUUUAAACGGGGAUAGCAGGUCCAUUCUAUGUGUCAUACUUGAUCAUUUCGCGAUAUUGCCAUAUUUUUGCUGAAAGGAUUCAGUAGAGAACAUCGCCGAUUAAGUUGGCAACUUUUGGUUGCUAAUAAAAAAGCCUUGCCUGUACCGGAAGUAGCAGACGAUGUGCGCGUGACGUCACGGGUUGAGGAGCUCCUCACAUCUGAACAUUGUUUAUAAUCAUGGCCACCCGCAGUCACAGCAAUUCGGACCGAAGAAGCGACGAUUUCCCAAUUAAUUUGAAAGACGAUGAAAGAUUUGUGGAUGAGGAAAGUUAGAGUGAAGCACUAAAAAAAACAAAAGGCGACGGCGCCAGGUAGCGGCAGUGGUAUAGUUUCAGAUAUAAUUAGACACAUUUACUUGGAUAAUUCUGGAAAAUCCCUUAUCAAUUUAUUGUGUUAAUAGUAUUUUAGUGAGAUUAUUUGUGUUGGCCCUGCGGUGAGGUGGCGAAUUGUCCAGGGUGUACCCCGCAGUCGCGUGUGUGACAAUAUAAUCUCUUCAACCGAGGCCGAGCUUGCAUGCAGGACCAAAACAUGCAGUUAAUUAAAGGCCUACUGAAAUGAUAUGUUCUUAUUUAAACGGGGAUAGCAGGUCCAUUCUAUGUGUCAUACUUGAUCAUUUCGCCAUAUUGCCAUAUUUUUGCUGAAAGGAUUCAGUAGAGAACAUCGCCGAUUAAGUUGGCAACUUUUGGUCGCUAAUAAAAAAGCCUUGCCUGUACCGGAAGUAGCAGACGAUGUGCGCGUGACGUCACGGGUUGUGGAGCUCCUCACAUCUGAACAUUGUUUACAAUUAUGGCCACCAGCAGCGAGAGCGAUUCUGACCGAGAAAGCGACGAUUUUCCCAUUAAUUUGAAGGAGGAUGAAAGAUUCGUUGAUGAGGAAAGUUAGAGUGAAGCACUAAAAAAGAAAAGAAAAGGCGACGGCGCCAGUUGGCGGCAGUGGUAGAGUUUCAGAUGUAAUUAGACACAUUUACUUGGAUAAUUCUGGAAAAUCCCUUAUCAACUUAUUGUGUUAAUAGUAUUUUAGUGAGAUUAUCUGUGUUGGCCCUGCGAUGAGGUGGCGACUUGUCCAGGGUGUACCCCACAGUCGCGUGUGUGACAAUAUAAUCUCUUCAACCGAGGCCGAGCUUGCAUGCAGGACCAAAACGUGCAGUUAAUUAAAGGCCUACUGAAUAUUUAAACGGGGAUAGCAGGUCCAUUCUACGUGUCAUACUUGAUCAUUUCACGAUAUUGCCAUAUUUUUGCUGAAAGGAUUCAGUAGAGAACAUCGAUGAUAAAGUUCGUAACUUUUGGUUGCUAAUAAAAAAGCCUUGCCUCUACAGGAAGUAGCAGACGAUGUGCGCGUGACGUCACGGGUUGUGGAGCUCCUCACAUCUGAACAUUGUUUACAAUCAUGGCCACCAGCAGUAACAGCAAUUCGGACCGAGAAAGCGACGAUUUUCCCAUUAAUUUGAAAGAGGAUGAAAGAUUCGUGGAUGAGGAAAGUUAGAGUGAAGCACUAGAAAGAAAAAGAAAAAGUCGACAGCUUUGGGAGCGAUUCAGAUGUUAUUAGACACAUUUACUUGGAUAGUUCUGGAAAAUCCCUUAUCAAUUUAUUGUGUUAAUAGCGUUUAAGUGAGAUUAUCUGUGUUGGCCCUGCGGUGAGGUGGGGACUUGUCCAGGGUGUACCCCGCCUUCCACCCGAUUGUAGCUGAGAUAGGCGCCAGCACCCCCCGCCACCCCAAAAGGGAAUAAGCGGUAGGAAAUGGAUGGAUAUAAAGUCAUACCUGAAAGUCGGAUGGCUGCGGUGAACGCCAGUGUCUCUAAGAGAAGCCAAGGAGCCAAGAUCAUAGCUGCCCUUUUCUGAGCUGCAGGAUGAGGUCGCCUAAUCCACUGAAGUCUCUGGUAAGAGCCGACUUAAUAUCACAAUUUUCCCAUCCAAAAACAUGCUGGUUGAUGUAGAGAAACAUGUCCGCUUGACCGCUCUGUGUUAAAGCUUCACAACAAAGAAACACCGGCUGUGUUUUGGUUGCUAAAGUCAGCUGCGAUCCAACAGCAUUCUUCUUUGACGUCUCCAUUAUUUAUUGAGCAAAUUGCAAAAGAUUCAGCAACACAGAUGUCCAAAAUACUGUGUAAUUAUGCGAUGAAAAGAGAGCAUGUGUUGCAAUGUUAAUAUUUCAUCAUUGAUAUAUAAACUAUCAGACUGUGUGGUGGCUAGUAGUGGCUUUCAGUAGGCCUUUAAGUUUAUUAUUAUUAUCAUUAUAGUGCUUGUUGUUAUUGCUUGCCAGCUCUUUACCGUCGCCAAACUACAACAACAAAAAUAGCAAAAAUUAGGGAAGGGCAUUUAACGAGUCCUGAUAACGCCAAUAUUAGUUUAUUGAUGGUUUUGUUCUCGUUGGGAUUGGAUCAACAGCAUUCCAGUUUUCCCUAAAGGGCUUCAGUACGAGAUUCAUCUCCAAAAAUUACCCUUGUAAAGAAAAAAUAUAAAAUAUGCCAAAAUGACCAAACUUGAUAGCAAAUUCUGCGGCGAGGUGGCGACUUGUCCAGGGUGUACCCCGCCUUCCGCCCGAUUGUAGCUGAGAUAGGCACCGGCGACCCCAAAGGGAAUAAGCGGUAGAAAAAUCGGAUGGAUGGAUGAUAGCAAAUUUGUUUGGAUUUUAUGCUUACCACCAACAAAGACAGUGCUUCUCAAACUCAGAAAAUAGCGACCAACAUUAUAAUGCAGUAGCGUAGCAGGCCUAAGUGUUCAUUAAAAACAAGGCAGAGGCGUAAUUCGACAAAUAUUACAGCACAGGUCAAAAGUUUGGACUCCACCUGCUCCUCAUUCAAUGCGUUUUCUUUAUUUUUAUGACUAUUUACAUUGCAGAUUGUCGCUGAAGGCAUCAAAACUAUAAAUGAACACAUGGAGUUAUGUACUUAAGACAAAAAAAUGUGAAAAAACUGAAAACAUGUUUUAUAUUCUAGUUUCUUCUUACUACAUUGCACACUCUUGGCAUUCUCUCGAUGAGCUUCAAGCGCACCUGUGAAGUGAGAACUAUUUCAGGUGACGACCUCUUGAAUCCCAUCGAGAGAAUGUGCGAAAAAGUAUUCGGAGCAAAGGGUGGCUAUUUUGAAGAAACUAGAAUAUAAAACAUGUUUACGGUAAUUUCACCUUUUUUUUGUUAAGUUCAUAACAAACUGUGUUCAUUCAUAGUUUUGAUGCCUUCAGUGACAAUCUGCAAUGUAAAUAGUCAUCAAAAUAAACAAAAUGUAUUGGAAUUAAUAUUUUUUGAACAGUUACACUGUGUUUAAAUAUUUGCUUGGCGUACCACAGUUUGAGAAUCCCAGUAUGAAUUAAUUUGUGGCGCCCCCUGCUGCAGGUUGAGGGUCGAAAUGCAAACAGACAUUUUCUAAUUAUCAGAAAAAUGCUCCAUGAGUUACCGGCAAAUCAUCGCCAUCAAGGUUAAAUCCGUUUUGUUGGACGGCGACCAUGUUUUCCAACCAAUCCCGCUCAAAUCCGACACAGGCGUGCACGUCCAUCCCCCGAUGGUGCCGACCAAAUUUUGCGACGAUGCGGCUAAACGCCCCGAAGUUGUAUCGAGAAAUGUCACUUGUUUGACAACGGCGCCACCUUGUGGUUUAUUUGUCCGAAUAAAAAAAAAAAAAAUGACAGUAAAUGUUCAGUCACAUCUUAAAUGUCACUGAAGCAAAGUCAGACUGCCAGAGUCGACAAAAAACACGUACAAUUUUAAAAAAGACAUUUUCCAAAAGACAGUUCAAACAUGUGUAAUAUGGGACGCACUCACUAUGAUGUUUUGUUGUAAAAAUGAUAUUAGAAGACAUGUUUUAUUGUGUUGUACACGCAUUAAGAAAAGUUGCAUAAUUAUCAUUUGAUUUACGGAGCAGGUCAAAAGUUUAGACACCACCGUCCCAUUACUUUUGCCAAAAUGUGAAUUUGUGAAUUAUAUUUAUAUAGCGCUUUUCUCUAUUGACUCAAAUUGCUUUACAUAGUGAAACCCAAUAUCUAAGUUACAUUUAAAGCAGUGUGGGUGGCACUGGGAGAUACUUCAUGUUCAAACUGGAAAACUUUGUUUUUUAGCAAAUAUGAGCUCAUUUAAAAUGUAAUGCCUGCGACAUGUUUCAAAAAAGCUGGCACAAGUGGCAAAAAAGACUGAGAACUUGGAGGAAUGCUCAUCAAACACUUAUUUGGAGCGUCCCAGAGAUGAACGGGCUAAUUGGGAGCCAUAAUUUGGUAUAAAAGAAGCUUACUUAAAAUUCUCAGUCAUUCCCAAACUAAGACGGGGCGAGGGUCACCACUUUGUGAAGAAAUACGUGAUUGUCCAACAGUUUAAGAACAACAUUUCUCAACCAGCUAUUGCAAGGAAUUUAGAGAUUUCACCAUCUACACUCGGUAAUAUAUUCAAAAGGUUCAGAGAAUCUGGAGAAAUCACUGCACGUAAGCGACGAUUUUACGGACCUUCGAUCCCUUAGGUGGUACUGCAUCAAAAACCGACAUCGGUGUGUAAAGGAUAUCACCACAUGGGCUCAGGAACACUUCAGAAAACCACUGUCAGUAAAUACAGUUUGUCGCUACAUCCGUAGGCGCAAGUUAAAACUCUACUAUGCAAAGCAAAACCCAUUUAUCAACAACACCCAGAAACUGCCCUGGCUUUGCCGGGCCCGAGAUCAUCUAAGAUGGACUCAUGCGAAGUGAAAAAGUGUUCUGAGGUCUGAAAGUCCACAUUUCCAAUUGGUUUUGGAAACAGUGGACCAAAGAGGGAAAGAACCAUGUGGACUGUUGUAGGUGCAAAGUUGAAAAGUCAGCAUCUGUGAUGGAAUAGGGGUGUUUCUUUUUCAACUUUUAUUUAAUUGAAUUCGACUGCAAAGACGAGAUUUUGCAAGUAUUAGCUCAUUGGGAAUUUGAUGGCUGCAACAUGUUUCAAAAAAGCUGGCACAAGUGGCAAAAAAGACUGGAAAAGUUGAGGAAUGCCCAUCAAACAUUUAUUUGGAGCAUCCCACAGGUGUGCAGGCUAAUUGAGAACAGGUGGGUGAAGUGAAGUGAAUUAUAUUUAUAUAGCGCUUUUUCUCUAGUGACUCAAAUUGCUUUACAUAGUGAAACCCAAUAUCUAAGUUACAUUUAAAGCAGUGUGGGUGGCACUGGGAGCAGGUGGGUAAAGUGUCUUGUUGCCCAAGGACACAACGGCAGUGACUAGGAUGGCAGAUGCGGGAAUCGAACCUGCAACCCUCAAGUUGCUGGCACGGCCGCUCUACCAACCGAGCUAUGCCGCCCCAAAAUAGUUGUCUUUUAUCCCCCCAAAACAAAUAUAUAAAUAUGUUGUCUGUCUAUCUGUGUUGGCCCUGCGAUGAGGUGGUGACUUGUCCAGGGUGUACCCCGCCUUCCGCCCGAUUGUAGCUGAGAUAGGCGCCAGCGACCCCGUAAGGGAGAAAGCGGUAGAAAAUGGAUGGAUGGAAGAGACGGAGAAUGUCUGCAAUACUCCAUUGAACAAUAUUUCUUAUAUCGGGGAGUUAAAGGGCAAAAGAAAACUAACUUACAAUGACAAUUAAAAAAAAAUGUUAAUUAGGAAAAAAAAAAAGUAUUUAAGACGCUUUGCUCUGUCUCGCUCUCUCGGUCCAAAUGAGCUGAUAAGAUGAAAUGUUUUAUUUAUGUCAAGCACUUCCCUGCUAGGGAGCCGUCGAGUCGAUAAAAAAAACAAGCAGAUAUUAAAUAUAAAUAUUCCUUCUAAUGUGACACAAUGGCUCGCAUUAGACCUUAUUCAGCAGCUUCCUGGCGUGGGAUUUUCAAAAUAAGACACCGCUCUUUGCCAUGUAGGCUUCAACCCUGUCGCGAUGUAUUAGCAAACAAUAUGCAAGUGAGAAAUAUUCUGUGUAUUUUGGGUUGUGAUUUUAUCAAGGCUGUUUAUUGAUGUGUACUUAAAGAAAUCAAAGAUUGUGGUACGUUGUUUUUUUAGUUCCUUUUUUUUUUAAUAAAUUGGGGAAAUGAGGA